AUGACACAAGGUGUUCGUGGAAAGAAUCGCGCCGAAUACCAGGACAGGGAGCACAUGGCGACGGUGGAAGUGACGUGCACGAACAAUGAAGAUGGCAACUCAACGCUGUCGCUGAGAGGCCUCAUUUCAAUGCCGGACGGACGUAUGUACACAUUGGAACCAAGCACGAGAUUCACGCGUGACGAAACGAGAACGACUGAAGAUUUGCACAAUGUCAUCGACCGUUUCUGGCUCGACUAUGCUGUUCUAGAUCAUGUUACAGACAUCCCUCCAGCAAACCCCCCGUGCCCCCAACCUGAUGCUGCCACCCCCGGGGCCGCGCCGGACGUCCACCUUGACAUCGUGGUCUUUGUUGACCACACCGUGUAUCAGCGAUGGUACAACAAGUCUACACGUUCAACGCCUGAGAAGAAAAGAUUGGAUACCAUUGAGAACAUCCGACGUCAUUUCGGUCAUCUGAUGAACGCUGUUGACCUCCGUUUCAAGAUGGCGUCUCCCCGAUUCCACGCCCACCUUGCUGGUUUCGUCAUCGAGACGGCGGGCCCAGGGGACAGGUCGCGGGAGGUGCCGGACCCACAGACACGGACAGAGGUCGAGGGCAGAUGGCUGCUGGACAGCGCGUGGACAUUGGUCAGCAGAACACCCGGGUUCCCCCCUAAUGACCACGUCAUUGUGUUUACUGAAAGUGCCCUGUUUACGACCCAGGAGGGCAUAUACACGGACGUACUGGGCAUCUCUUAUAACGGCAGGAUGUGUCAUCCCUAUGGCUACAGCAUAUCGCUGACCAGGUACCAAGACCGUCUUGUCGAUGACGUCAUUGCUGCUGCACAUGAACUUGGACACAGCUGCUCGGCAUCAGAGAACUACAUCAUGUCAGGGACACACGCUGCAGAGGCUCAUGUGACACAGAACAACCAAUACAUUUUCUCUGAAUGUUCAGUCAGGUCCUUCCAGAAACACGUGGCCCUACUGGAGGCCCGGGGCGACGGCAAGACCCUGUCCUGCUUGUACGAGACCAUCCACCCUGGACCAGCGUCCUUCCUCCUCCCCGCCGCGCCUGGGCAGACCCACGAUGUCCACAGACAGUGUCAGAUGAUAUACUCCCCGAGCUCCUUCUUCUGUCAUAUCGACAUAGGGGGCUCAGAAAACGUGUGCAGGAGGAUGCCGUGCUACAACCCUCGGACUAGACGCUGCUCCCACCACCGAGCCAGGGACGGGACACCGUGCGGCAACAGGAAGGAUCAAAACAUACAGUUCCGAUGA